CUUUGUCUGAAAGAAGCACAAGGCGAGAGAAGCAGACAGCAAGAAACGAGCAGGAGAGCGGGACUUGGCUGGUGGAGGUGGCCUUCUCACAAUCACAAGAAGGACUUCAAUGUGUCUCCUCAUGGAAAUGGAUUGACUCACCAAGAGAAGAAAUGGGCCAUCCAUGAAAACAACUGUUGGGUGAAUUUAGUAGAAUGCUGGAAUCUCAAGUCCAACUCAUCAGUGGAAAACGUGUCUAACAAGUGGUGGCUGCAGAUCAUCACGACGUCCUCCAGGGCCCACUGACUCACCAUUAAGCGUUUUGACAUCAAAUGAAUGUAAAGCUAAAAUGACCAAAAAUCCUCACUCACCAGGAAAGAGUCCUCUCAUCUACAACAACAAUUUAACCCCAGAUUGUAGCUUUGCCGACCCAAGCCAGGGACAAGAGAGAGAAGAGAUGUUUGUCAGCAGUGGACAAGUGACGCGGACAGAGGAGCAAAUGCCAUGGACUCCGUCAAGUCCUGCUAGCUCCAGCAGCACAGGCUCACGGGAAGGCUUUUACUCCAUUGUUGAAGAAACUCCUUUGGCGGAAUUCCGACAAAACCUUAGCCUGGAUGACAUCUCCAGAGCGGGAAGAGAAACUGACCACCCUGAAGAAGGAGAACAGCUUUGAGCUGAGGGCCUACCAGGAAGAGAGGAAGCCUGCAAAACUUUUUAUGUCCGAGAACGGAGAGUCCAAGUACAAAGUGAGGGAUGCAGGCCCCUCACCAGAAAAAGAAGAGCUGGAUUACGAUAGGAUAGAAAUCAUUCGCAACCAAGCGCCCAAAUCCAAACUGAGCCCGAGAAGGAAAUGGAGCUCCUUAGAUGUCCUGGAUCUGUCAGAGACUCCGGAACAUGGACAGGAAUUCUCCCUCCAUUACAGUCCGCUGUCCCAGAGACAGCACACACCCUACAAGGUGGAGCCCGGAACCGUUGACACCGAGCAAAUUAACUUCAACGCCGCCCGACAGCAGUUCCUCAUGCUUGAGAAGUCCAACCAGACCUCUUUACCCCAACGUCCCAAGAAAUCCAUCAGCCUGUCGACCAUUUUCCAGGACUGGACACUUACAAAAGAUUGGCCACCCAAAGAUGUCAGGGUUUACCGUGAACGACCUGACCGAGGUUUAAGCGCGAGAAGCUUCAGUGUGAAGCAGGCCGGACUUGAGAUAAAACGAGACAGCUUCCUGACUUCCUCCAUUGAUGAGCUCGACUCGGGUUUAGAAGAACUUUCGGGUGAAUUUGGCGCCGGAUACAUCAGCGAUGACAGUGCCUCCAGCGAAGUGUUUAGCCCCACCAAGCAGCCAUGGACUCCAAAGGCGGAGACUCCCAUUGAGAGGGAGAUCCGCAUUAGCCAGGAGAGGGAGGAGAGCCUGCGGCGCGAACGAGGGAUCUCUCGCUCCAACCUGGACGAAAUGGUAGAAAUCAAGACAAAGCCCCUUCUCUUGAAGGAUGAGCCACUUAGCUUCUCGUUACCCAGGAAGAAUAAGACAAAAAGCCGGGAGAGCCUGAUCAUGCAACGAGGGACCGAACGCAAGACCUCAAGGGUAGAAGAGUCCUGUCCAGAUGAUCAGAGGCCCCAGGAGGAGAAGAGCAGCAAAAAAGGACAUCAAGCUCUGUUCAUCCAGAAGGACAAUCAAGUGUCUGUGAAUACUCCUGAUCAUGAGGUGACUCGGCCAAACACAGAGGCACACAAGAGUGUGUCAUUUUCACUGGAGGGUGAAGCCGCCUUGACCAAAGACAGUUUCUUCAAGGCCUGGGGGCAACUACCAAAUUGGCAGACGCCACAUGGCAGACAUUCAGUAGAAAUUUCCGGGGUAUCCGGAACCUCGUGGACAGGCCCUAAAUCAUUCAGCAGGCAUGCAGAUCUACGGGAUGAUCCUCCACCUCUACCCUCCAAGACAGAACCCAAAAGUCAGUUAGCACUCCGGCCAGAGAGCACAGAGGUCAAUGACUUCUGGUCCAAAGCGCUGCAGAUGGACUCGACUGAGUCAUUUAACAUCAGUCCCCGCAAGCGGCACACCCUGGAGAUAAUCGCACAGGAAAUCGAGAAAGAUCUCAAGCGAGAAGAGGAGCUGCGCAGCACCAGGGGCAGCAACCAGCUACCUCCCUCUGCCCAGAUGGGAAUCGACACAGUGGACCACAGCCCGACAAACGGCACGCGAGAGCCAGGUGAAGCAGACCACCACCCCCCUACACCUCCAUGCGACACUCCACACCCCUCAGGACUCGCCCCCAUCUUCCCCCCGCCACGGACAUCCCAAGGUGCAGUUUCUCCUGCUGCUAAAACAUCCCCUCAUCCAGCACCUGCGACUGAGAGCUCGAAACCCAAGGGGCUGACGCACACCCUUCUGGAGGUCUUUGAAGAAAGGCGGAUCAAAAUGAAGCGGGAUGAAAACACGUACGCUGGCAUUGAACCGAGCGAUGAAGUCAACACCGAGGUGCUGGAGUCCACCCGAGUCACCCGCCACAAGAGCAGCCGUGCCCUCAUGUGGGAGGCUGGGCUGUUUGCCAAUCGGGCAGCAGACUAGGGGGGGCCGCGGUGGACACCAUGGUGGAUACUGAGCUCUGUUGAGGGGGGGGAGAAGAGACAGAGAAGUCGCCACCCCCAGCCUCCUUCUGCCUCUAUGACUUGCAAUGGACAAAGCAAUGAAAAUCCGUAAUCCUGCAUGUGUGAAAUUGAUUUUUUUUUUUCUUCCAAAUUUUCUUCCUCAACAGCAGCUCUUUGCUAAGGGUGCCUUCUUAGAGCCACAACGCUCCUGAUGAGAAGUGUGGCUGAUUUACAGGCAGGGCCCUUGGAAUGACUUUAGGUUUGAACCCAUCCAUCCAUCCAUUGUCUAACCCGCUGAAUCCGAAUACAGGGUCACGGGGGUCUGCUGGAGCCAAUCCCAGUCAACACAGGGCACAAGGCAGGAACGAAUCCUGGGCAGGGUGCCAGCCCACCGCAGUUAGGUUUGAACCCUCGCGCAAAAAUUGAAAUCUGCUUUAGGACAAGCCCAGCUGACUGAUCCCAGAUGGAAUUCCCAUUCUGCUUUUUCAUCUUCCUGGCCUCUGGUGUCCACUUCAGUCUGCACACCUUCUUCCAAUACGCCACGUCAUCUAAAGAGGGCACAGCUGAGCUGAGCUUCUAUAGUGCCUCACACCAAGGACACCGUAUCUGGGAUCGACACGUCAUAUAGUCACACAACCGUAAUAAAUAAAUCAUCAGGUUUACUUGAGAAAGUGCCUGCCGCUGAUUACACUCUGACAAUGAACAUCAUGAAUGAUCCAGCAGUCAAUGGCUCACCCCGAAAACACGACCCCAUUACAGCUAACACUUAACUUUAAGGCACCUGCCUAAUAAAACUCCUCUUAGGGUUAUACACGCCCAUGCUGAGUGUGAAAGGUUAAUAAAUCGAUCAGCCUUUACUGUAUAUAGCGCCUCACGUUGACAACAAUGUCCAUUUCUAGUAACUCUUAUUGACUGAAGCACCAGUCGCAUUGCUUACUAUAGCUUUCAAUAUUCAACUAAUAAAGCUCCUCUCACAUUGCAGACCUUUAAUGCAUAUUAAGGGUUAAUACAUCAAUUAGGUUUAUUUAAUAUAGCGCCUCACACUGAGAACAUCAUGCAAUUGUAAAUCAUUCUUAGUAACUAAAGCACAGGUCACAUUUUUUAUUGCACCCUUUCAAUGUCUAAUUAAUAUAGGGACCCCCACAUUGCAAACCUUUAAUGCAAAUUAAGGGUUAAAAUAUCAAUCAGACUUUAUUUCAUAUAGCGCCUCACACUGAGGACAUUAUUCCAUUACGUUAAUUAAUCAUCAUGGCACCUGUCACAGUUAAUGCCCCACCCUUGCUAAUUAUAGUCUGCCAGCCUAUAGUUAAUAUAGCGCCUCUCAUAGUGAACACCCUUCAUGUAUAUUAAGGGUUAACACAUCGAUCAGGUUUAAGGUCUUCAUAAAUCUUUGUUUUAUAAAUAAUAAUGAGCUUUAUGUAUAAUAAUUAUUUCAUGGUGUCUGUCUCAUUACAAUUAAUCUUUGUUUAAUAAAGCGCUUGAUUUCUUGCGCGGCUCACCCUACAAUCAUUGUAAUCAAUUUGAUUUACUUUAUAUAGCGCCUCUCACAGUUUACCCUUUCGUGCUGAAAGCCACACUUAAUCAGCCACUAACACCCGCCGUUUCAUUCUUAGCUACUAAAGCUCCUGUCUCAGCACUUAUUUAUUGUCUGUCAACCCGUCACUUAUAUAGCGCCUCUCACCUUCAUAAUGCAGCUCAAGGAUUAGUAAAUCAGCCCACCUUAAUGUUAUAUCGUGCCUUACACAGAGAAUAACUUCUCAGUACUGAUAAGUACCAGUGAACGACACCACAAUAUUUAUUAAAAUCUGCCACCUCUUUUCCAAUAUAGCGCCUUUCACAGUGAACGCCCUCGCGGUGUUAAUGAGGGAUCAACCAGCUAUCCUUCAUUCUAUGUGACGACAUUCACAGAGCCCGCCUCACCAAUGUUUGUGUGAUUUUAUUUUAUAUAGCGCCCGACACUGUUGGCAUUGUCUUUAGGGAAUGAAUUGUCAUUUUCUAUAUAGUGCCUUUCAUAGACAACAUCAUCUCCCUUAUCUUAUUGCCUUUCACUUUUAGUUUAUAAAGCCCCCGUCACGGUGAGUGACGCCCCGAUGCAUUUUAUUAGACAGGAAAACAAGAAUGCUGGCAAGGGUUGGAAUAUUUGAAUUACGUGCUAUGCUCUAUAAAACAUUUUAUAUGUUAAUCAAAAUGUGUAAAUACUGUUGACUGGAAUUGGAGAUUUUGUAUUUAUUUUUUUAUAAUCGGACUAUUUAAGAUUAACGCCUGAUCUUUGAACACAGCAUCAACGUGGCUUUAGGAGUUUGCAAGUCAGUAAAAGUCUCUUGUCACCAGCA